AUGGCUUUUUGUAGAUGUAGAAGUGUUUUCGCUAUCGUCCUUGCCAUCUCUCAGCUCAACAAGGGUUGGGCAUCUCCUGAGCAAUCGCAGAAACAGCGAGGCGUCGAUAUCAAUGGGAACUGCGAGCCGAUCAUGCAGGACGGGAAAGAAGUUCCGCAAAAGAUGACGUACCGAAUCGAUGGCAAACGUUCCUACGGCAAACGUGGGAAAGGGUCUUUCCCUGUUCAGAAGAAAGCCUGUGAAAUUGAAGAUGGCAGCAUGUCGCCCUCUUUGGUUCCUGGGCAACCAAUGGACUGUGCCGACAUCCAGGCUCGUGGGGCAAACGUCAGUAGUGGCGUGUACGCCAUAUACCCUGGAAAGCAUACCAACGUUUACUGUGACAUGGAGACCGACGGGGGCAAUUGGACGGUUUUUCAACGUAGAACUGAUGGUUCUGAGAAUUUCAACCGUAACUGGUCUGAUUACAAGACCGGUUUUGGGAGUAUCUCUUCCGAGCACUGGCUCGGUAACGAUAUAAUUCAUCAGCUAUCGAAUCAAAGGAAUUACGAACUGCGGGUUGAUCUGGAAGGCUUCAAAGGAAAUACUCUAUAUGCCAAUUACGACACCUUUCGAAUUGACAAUGAAACACUGGGCUACCUCCUGACUGUCAGCGGCUAUUCGGGUAAUACAGGCGACACACUUUGGUAUCACAAUGGAAGGACAUUUCUUACUCCUGACAUGAACAGCCAAUGCGCAAGGGACUACAGGGUCGGUUGGUGGUAUGGUCCUGCCGGUCAUUGCUUUACAGCUGCUUCUUUUGAUAUUAAUUGUAAACCGCUUAAUCAACCGGGCGGGAUUUCUUGGAUAUCGGUGGUGACUCACAGGUUAAAGAAAAGUGAGAUGAAGCUACGACCUGUACCGGAUUACCCCAUCAAUUCGAACAAUUAAGGGCAAGUCCAAGGAUUUAGGCUGGUUUGAGUAUGGGGAGGUGGAACUUAAGUGGUGG